CGGACAGCACGAGAAGACGGAAAUAACAACAGGCAUUAUAAGCUAGUAACGUUUUUGCUGAGUCUUAAUACAGUACUCGAGAAUGGAGAACCACCUGCUGAAGUUCAUUGAACAAGUUCGUUCUCUGAAGGAGAAUGAUACUGACACGGACAACACUGUCGUGGCUGAGUAUAAUAGGAUACGACAGCAGAUCCCCAUCAUGAAACAGACCCUUGGUCUCACUAAUGAGGCUGGUGGACUUAAAGAAAAUGUGAAAAAGAACCGUUACAAGGACAUACUGCCCUAUGACCAGUCCCGUGUGCCCCUGACCCUUACCCUAGGUGAAAAUGAAUCUGACUAUAUCAACGCCAGUUUCAUAAAGGGGGCUACAGAGAACAGGACGUACAUAGCCACACAGGGACCUUUAAGUAACACUGUGGUAGAUUUCUGGCGAAUGAUUUGGGAGUAUGACGUGAAGGUCAUUGUCAUGGCUUGUAGAGAGUUCGAAAUGGGAAAGAAAAAAUGUGAAUGCUACUGGGCACCCGAGAACGAGACAGCCACAUAUGGUCCCUUCGUAGUAUCACACCUUACUGAAUCAAAUGAUGAGGAAGUAAUAGUGAGAACCCUCAUUGUGAGAUUGCACGAUGAAAGCCGCACCGUGUCCCAGUUCCAAUACAUGGCUUGGCCCGAUCACGGAAUUCCGUACAAACCCGACGGCAUUUUGGGAAUGAUGGAGAAAGUCCGUGUCGCCCAGGGCAGCAACUCGGCUCCGACAGUCAUCCACUGCAGUGCUGGCUGCGGCAGAACUGGAGUGAUUUGUGUUAUUGACUAUGUUCACGAUCUCCUGCUGGCAAAGAAAAUCAAUGGAGAUUUCAGAAUAAUGGACAUUGUUCUGGAGCUCAGAAGGCAAAGACCAUCUGUUGUUCAAACUAAGGAGCAGUACAUAUUUGCCUUUCAUACUGUGGCUCUGAUGUUUAAGCAGGCCUUGCAGAAUACACCAAACCAUUCCAAUAAUCUCACUAAGCACACCUCAUCUCUGUAUGAUAAUGUGGUAACACCAAAGCCAAGGUUGAGGUUUACUCCAUCUGACAGUGUCAGUGCAUCUGCAGCAGUAAGCAAGCCAAUUCUUCAGCCCAGAACCUCUUACCCUCCGCCUCGGAAGAUGAACGACACCUAUGCUGUUGUCAACAAACUCAAACCGCCACCGUCUUCCAUGACUCCCUGCCCCCCAGACACCGUCCAUCUCUAUGACAACACUAACCUGGGUGGGCAGAAGUCUCCAGCCACAGCUCUUUAUAGCGCGGUCAAACCAAAGAGCCGGGCUGUUGGCAACCCGCCACCAAUGACCAAUCCUAUCUAUGAAACAGCAGUGGCAACCAAUCAGAGAGCGGCAGAGGCCUCUGAGGGGGUGGGGCACAGCGGCUACGGGCUGUUACCAGGAGAUUUCAGAUCAAACAACAGAGAUUCACAGCUGUUUUCUCCUGCAACAAGAAUGCCCUCUGAAAGUAACUCCUCAGCAGACGACGAUUACGAGUAUGUCUCGAGUCCCCUUAAAGACAGCAGUGGUUACUGUCCCCCCGGCAGCCUGGGAUUUAACUGCCGAAUAAAGAAACCCAGAGGACCUCGGGAUCCUCCAGCAGAAUGGAGUCGAGCAGAGUGGUGAAGAAGGGCUGAGAUCACGCUCGUUUUUUUUUUGUUUUGUUUUUUUUUUUUUUAACUCGUUUCCUCAAAAUUUCACAUAUUGAGUGAAGGGAAGUGAGAGUUCUGAAGGCUUCUCUUUUUCUUUUUUUUUAAUUUUUAGUUACAUCUACAUUUGUCUCCUCGUUUCGAUGAAGAUAUUUUUUCUUCAUAGCUUGUUGUACAC